AUGUUUGUGCAGUGUUUCAACUGCGAAACCUCCUACAUCAAACCUUAUCAUUGCAACCACUGCAAGUUCCAAACACAAUUAAGAGUCCUCUUGAAACAACACUUCAAAGAACGCCAUGUCAUCAGCAGAAAAACCAAACAACCGAAAACCGUAAUUCAGAACUACGUUUGCAAAAAGUGCAGCUUUGAAACCCACUUUUCAAUGAAAUGGGUCCAACACGCCUUGACUUGUUUACAAAAUCCAGAAAACCCCAACGCCACUAUUGAUGUUUCUUCAUGGACUCAAUGCGAACGUCUCUACGAACCCAAACCCAAGUUAAAAAAACACUACUUCGUCGCACGUCGGUUUCAAUGUGCACACUGCCCCUACCGAGCCAAAUACAAGCAUUCGUUGGCGCACCACAUAAACGCGCACCAUUUGGACGACAAAGACAUUACGUGGCACCAAUGUGACUACUGCCCACACAAAGCCAAACAAAAGAAUAAUUUAAAAAGACACAUCAACUCGCACCAUUUGGACGAACAUGAUACCAGAUGGCACAAAUGCAAAGUGUGUGGAUUCAAGUGUAAAAGCGAAGCCACUUUGACAAAUCACAUUAAAUCGCGGCAUGUGGAGGACCAGGACGCGACAUGGUACGAAUGCAAACAGUGUCCGCACAAAACUAAGAAUUCGUGGAAUUUGAAGAUACACAUGAAGACGCAUUUGGGUGGGGAAAGUAUCACGUGGUAUGAGUGCAAGGAGUGUCCGUAUAAGUCAAAGUACAAGACGGCUUUACAGCGACACGCGAAUGCAAGGCAUUCGGGGGACAAGGAAGUUAAGUGGUUUGAAUGUGGAGUGUGUCCGUUUAGAAGCAAGCAAAAGUGGAAGGUGACGCAACAUGUGAAGUUUAAACAUUUAGAUGAGAAGGAUAUUAAGGUGUAG